GGGUUUUUUUUGGCUGGAGCAGGUUAGAAGGGUUUGGAGGAGUAGAGGGAAGAAGGAAAAAUCAGCAAGAGAGAUCUAGCAAUGGCAAGUUCAACUCCAAGGGCAACCCCAAGGUCAGGAAGACAAAGAGAUAAAGCUUGGAAAUAUGGGAUUGCAGGAAGCAAAAAGGGGGAGGUCACUUGCACCGAAUGCACAAGAUGGAUGACUGGUGGAAUCAAUAGAUUAAAAUACCACCUUGCACAAAUACCUGGAUAUGGUGUGGAGGCAUGCCCCAAAUCAACUCCUGAAAUUAUUAGAGAGAUGAAGGCCAUUCUUGCUGAGAAUGAUAUGCAUAAGGAAGAAAGGCAAAAAACAAGAGAAGCCAUAGCAGCUGCAAUGAAUCCCACAUUGUCCACUUCGGGUCCCAUUGGUCAUAGUCGGGGUCGUCAGUCACUUUCAUCUUUUGGUGACAAUGAGGGUGAGGCUAGUGGCACUCCUGUUAGAUCAGACCCUAAUUUUUUUGUACCACGCAAUGUUCCAGGUGCACAACCUUCACUUGAAGGUACAGGAUGGAAUAAAGAGAAGCAUGAACAAGCACGGAUAGCAGCUUCAAACUUUUUGUUUUACAAUAAUCUAUCUUUCAAUGCAGCAAACAAUGUGUAUUGGGAAAGUUUUGUUAAUGCAUGUACAGUGGCGGGUAAGGGGUUUAAGGCCCCAACAGGUUAUGACUUCAGUGGGCCAUUGCUAGAGAAAGCUGUGAAAAAUACAGAAGGCGUGGUUGAUGAUCAGAAAAGGUAUUGGAAGAGAAAAGGAUGCAGCAUUUUAUCUGAUGGAUGGACAGAUGGACGGAAUAGGACUCUUCUCAACUUCUUGGUGGCUUCAAAUGGUGCAAUGGUAUUCAUAAAGUCUGUUGAUGCCUCAAAUGAAAUAAAAAAUGCAGAGACUUUGUGUAAUCUGUUGGAUGGUGUGGUUCGGGAAGUUGGAGUUGAGAAUGUUGUCCAAAUUAUCACGGACAACGCAGCUGCAUAUGUAUCUGCAGGUAGAAUGCUUAUGCAAAGGCAUCCUUCGAUUACAUGGAGUCCUUGUGCUGCACAUUGCUUGGACUUGGUGCUAGAGGACAUUGGGAAGAUUGGAUGGGUGAAGAAGGUGGUUGAAGAUGCAAAAAGUGUCACCAAAUUCAUCUACAACCAUACUUGGGUGCUUGCUUUGAUGAGAAAAUACACAAAUGGCAAGGACCUUGUGCGACCUGGAGUGACACGAUUUGCUAGCCACUUCAUCACUUUGUAG